AGUUGGAAGAAAUAAUAAACCGAGUCUAUCUGCUAUAUAUUCUGAUAAGAUUGCUGCGGAAAAAGCAAAGAUCAUCUGAGUCGGGACUUGACUCUUGGGUUUUAACUGAGCUGCACAUGAAGCAUAAAAUGUGUUUUUCUGUUUAAGUUAAAAAUCAUGGAUUAUCAGGUUUUCAUGGUAAGAUGUCAACAUCUGGAAAAAAGACUGUUCUCAUAGAAGUUUUGACAACUCUCUUAGGAAAAUUUAUCUAAGAAAUUGGUAUCUCAGAAUAUAGUAUCAUGAGAAAAAACGACUGAACUUGAGUAUAGCAGAGAACUUAUAUAACUGGAUAGAUCUGAUCUGCACUUGCCUUUGCCUUUUCUGCUCUUUCAGAAGAGACCAAGUUUAUGGAAAUUUCCCCUAGGCAGUUUCACACAGACUGGUAACAUGUCAAUAAAAAGUGAAGAGGGAAGAUACUUUUUAUAAUUUUUUUCUUUAUGAAACCACUAAAAUAACUAACACUUAAGGUGUUUGUGCUGACAGGAUAGAACAUUUUGUCUCUUGUUUUUUUGGUCCAAAUUAGAGUCAUUUGGUCAAAGAACAAAGAUUUUAGAAGCCUCUAUAUAAAGUGUGUGUUUCUUGCUUGCCUCUCAGGCUUCUUAAUCUUCUCUAUAUGGUGCAAGUGGAAAAUGCUCAUUGUUCAGGUUAUCCCACUUUAGCCUGUUUUACUCCUAAACCGUUUGACUACUUUGUUUGUGUGGGUCUAAAUAAAGUUGAUGUGAACUUAGGUCACAGCUGUUAUGGCUUGGGAUUAAUGGUGCUCUGUCCUGUCAAUUGUUAGGUUCCUGUUGGGUUUGAUGUUGAAAGUUCCCAGCAUAAGGAAGACUGAUUAAGAUUUUUGAUUGUUUAGUAGGAAUGAUUUUUGGUUAUUUAUGUAAACAGUUGGUUCUAGCUGUGGAGUUGAGAAGACCCUUGGCCUCUUGGAUUUUAAGAGUAAAUCAUACUUAGGGAUUCAUGAGCUUCUUGAACUAAUUAGUUAAUUUGUAUUUUGUUUUGGCAAGAUAUGAUCCAGUUUUAAUGGUGGUUUCUGGAAAGUUUCUUAGGUGUUUUGUACCCAGAGCCUGAAGUUUGUGGGUGAUUCAUACAUUGUCACAUUUAAUUUAAAACUGAUAGCUGGACAAUGUCACUGAGGAUGCUGGGGAAGAAAAACCUCAAUACUGUCAUCUAUCCUGACACUAGCAAGGCUGUCCAAGCUAGUUUGACUGAGGCAGCUGCAUGUUUUUAGAAAUGUGCAAGCUGCUGAGUGCACAAGUGUCCAGCUGUUGAAAUAGUAAACUCAGUGGGAGAAGGGUGGAGGGGAGAAAGGGAAGGGAAUCCCUGUUCCUGUCUCAAUAAACAAUGAAAAAAAUAACUUGUGGUUGACAUUUUCCUUUCUAGAGAUAGUUAAUGUUAGAAAAUGGGUGGUUGUAUUUUUGCCCCCUUAUGAUCUUUCUCAACCUCAUGGAAGUAAGAAUCCUGUCAAAAUAAUACUUCAUCAGUGGAUUUACUUCUCUGAGGGUGGAGGGAAUAAUUUGUAAACGCUUUCAAUUUACCCUGACCCUUCCUAGCAAACUAUGGAGAGGCCCUGGGCUUAAAGGCAGUGACUUUGCUCUUCGAUUGGUCUACCUUUUUGAGACACUAAUUUUAUUUCAACUAUUUGGUUUUGUAUUUGACUGUUUCUCUUAGGAGAACAUUUUGUUUCCUGCUCAGUUUGUAACUGGCUAGAAUGUUCCAAAGUCAGCAGUCUAGAGCCCUGGGUGAGGAGUUUGGGUCGUGCUUUAAGUCACUACCACUGCUCUUAGGGACAAAAAACCUUUAGAACUUGGAGUACUGCCUGUCCCAUGCUGGAGAGCACGAGAACCUUGAUGAGAAUCCUACCAGAAUGCAAUUCUGCUUCUUGGAAAUUAAGAUGCAAUGGAUCAACUUGAGCAGAGGGUAAAUGAAUUUUUUAUGAAUGCAAAGAAAAACAAACCUGAAUGGAGAGAAGAACAAAUGACAUCAAUCAAAAAAGAUUAUUAUAAGGCUUUGGAAGAUGCAGAUGAAAAAGUGCAACUGGCGAAUCAAAUAUAUGAUCUGGUAGACCGUCAUUUGAGAAAAUUGGACCAGGAACUCGCUAAAUUUAAAAUGGAACUUGAAGCAGAUAAUGCUGGAAUUACAGAAAUACUAGAGAGACGGUCUCUGGAGCUGGAUACGCCAGCACAGCCUGUGAAUAACCAUCACUCCCAUUCUCACACUCCAGUAGAAAAAAGGAAACAAAAUCCGUCUUCUCACCAUAGUACAACAGAUCAUGUUCCUGAAAAGAAGUUUAAAUCUGAAGCUCUUCUAUCUACCCUGACUUCAGAUGCUUCUAAAGAAAAUACACCAGGAUCCGGGGCCGGUGCAAUUACCAUGGCAGCAGCUCAAGCAGUGCAAGCCACGGCACAGAUGAAGGAGGGAAGACGAACAUCCAGUCUAAAAGCCAGCUAUGAAGCAUUUAAGAACAAUGAUUUUCAGCUUGGAAGAGAAUUUUCAUUGUCCAGAGAUUCAGCUGGAUAUUCAUCAUCAGCUUUGGCAUCUACAUUAACUCAGGCAUUAAGUUCAUCAACCUCAGAUUCACGAAGUGGCAGAAAAAGCAAAAACAACAACAAAUCAUCAAGUCAGCAGUCCUCCUCAUCAUCUUCUUCUUCCUCUCUAUCUUCAUGUUCUUCUUCAUCUGCACUGGCACAAGAACUGUCUCAGCAAACAGCAGUAAUACCAGAGUCUGAUUCUAAUAGCCAGGUUGAUUGGACCUAUGAUCCAAAUGAGCCACGUUACUGUAUUUGUAAUCAGGUGUCCUAUGGUGAAAUGGUAGGCUGUGAUAACCAAGAUUGUCCUAUUGAGUGGUUCCACUAUGGAUGUGUUGGACUGACAGAAGCACCGAAAGGGAAAUGGUACUGUCCACAGUGUACAGCUGCAAUGAAGAGAAGAGGCAGUAGACAUAAAUAAAUUCUUUCAUCUGGAAAAAAAUUGCAUACUAAAGGUUUUAUAAAGGACUUGGGAGGAGAGAGGCAACUCUCACCACACUUCCUUGCAACCUCUGAAGAGUAACAUAGCAAUCACAGAAUGGUAUGGUUGAAAAGGACCGUAAAGAUCUUCUAGUUCCAGCCCCCAGUCAUAAGAUCUUGAACUACUGGUUUUGCUAAGUUGUGUUUUAAUAUUGUAGGUAAAUUAUUUACGCAUCUUGAUGCGUUACAGAUACUAUUCCAGUGAGCCUUGGCUUGUUCCGGUGGCCAACAUAUGCAGACAUUUGUACUAUCAAACCAUUUUCUCUAAGCAGUGGGCAUUCUACAAUUACUCAAUCUUCCAAAAAUUCAGAUAAGUCAAGAUUUUAAAUGUAUGUUUUAUAUACAACAGAUAUAUUCUGCUGCAUGUACUGUACUCAAGAACUGUUACGUAACACUAUGUAUAUUAAUAGUGCAAAAAGUCAGUGCUUCUGAAAGGAAAAAAGAGACAGUGGUUUUUAAAAUGCCUUUAUAGCUUUGGUUCUUUAUGAAACUUAAUUCAGCAGGCUGAAGAAAAUGGUUCUUGUAUACAGCGGGCUGUUGUCCUUUAGGAUACUUGAGUAUGUAAAAACAAAUGCUGUAGAAUAAAACAAACUUGUGCCAUUAGUCUUUAUAUGUUUCUCCAAGAAGGCGGGGGCCAUAAGAAGAAAAAAAGGUGUUAAAGUGACAAUAAAUUUUUAUACCAAAUGUGUUUAUUUUUUUGUGCAAGUAAUCCUUUAAAUUUGAAUUGUAUUAGGUGUAAAAUAAAGAACCUCAACUCCUCAAA